CUCAUCUCUCUCUCUCUCUCUCUCUCUCUCUCUCUCUCUCUUGUCCAACACAUGUCUUGUUCGUAAUCAGCAGAAUGGUUUAGAAACAGGAGACGUUGAAUAUACAAGUGUUGACGACUGACUACAUAACAGAGGUGGGACUUGAAUACAGAAAAUAUUGAAUCGCCUUGUAAUAUACAAUCAUGUCUUUAAUAAGCUCAGCAGAUCCUUCUGCAACUCCCUACGUUGAUUCCAAUUUCUACGCACGUAGAAACAACGGUGAUAGCUCGGGCUUUUCCAUGAAAGCAUUCAAUUCAGAUGAGCAAUUUUUCCAUUAUGGCCCUGACUUUUCUGGGAUUUACAGUCAAAAGUACUUCACUGGUUCUCCCACUGUAGCGAAUGUUAAUCCCCUCGUAUCCUCGCCUUCAAUUGAUGAAUCUCUGUUCCAUCCGAUGGCUAAUACCCAAUCUCCUGCUUAUUUGGAUCAUCCUGAUUCAUCUCUGAGUUCCGAUGUUUCUCAUCAGAGUUCGCAUUCCUUAUCGGAUCAUCAAAUUCUAGAGAACUCCAUAGACUUUCCGGAAGAAGAAAUGAGAAUAAAGCUCUAUGAACUCGAGCAGGUGUUGCUGAAUGAUAAUGAUGAAAUAGAAGAAGAACACUUGGUUAUUGAAGAUGAUUGGUCUGAGCCAAUUAAGAACCUCAUGCUCACAAACUCCCCAAAAGAAUCCUCGUCGGACUCAAGCCUGAGCUGUACGGGAGAAGCACGGACACCGAAGCAGCUCCUUUUCGACUGUGCAGCUGCUAUAGCAGAAAACAGAAUAGAAGAAGCGGAAAUCAUUAUAACGGAGCUUAGGCAAGCGGUCUCAAUACAAGGGGAGCCACAUCAAAGGCUUGCGGCUUAUUUGGUAGAAGCCCUUGCAGCGAGGAUAGCGUCUUCAGGACGAGGCAUUUACAAAGCACUUAAAUGCAAAGAACCUCAGGGCAAUGAUCGACUUGCGGCAAUGCAGGUUCUAUUCGAGGUGUGCCCAUGCUUUAAAUUUGGUUUCAUGGCGGCGAAUCACGCAAUCCUUGAAGCGAUUAAAGAUGAGGACAGGCUUCACAUCAUAGACUUUGAUAUUAACCAAGCAAGCCAGUACAUAACAUUGAUACAAAUGAUGCAAUCUCUCAUGGCUCAAAGGAAAAAGCCUUUUCGCAUGAGGAUAACUGGAGUGGACGAUUCCGAAUCGGUGCGGAGGGCGAUCGGAGGGCUGGGAAUUGUUGGUAAGCGGCUUGAGAAGUUAGCGGAGGAUUGUGGGGUUUUGUUUGAGUUUCGGGCAGUGGCAGCUAAGAUUGGGGACGUGACGCCUGAAAUGUUGGAUUGCCGGCGUGGCGAGGCCGUGGUCGUGAAUUUUGCCUUUCAGCUUCAUCACAUGCCGGAUGAGAGCGUGUCAACGGUGAAUGAGAGGGACCGGCUUCUGCGAAUGGUGAAGGGCCUCAGACCAAAACUUGUGACCAUGGUCGAGCAGGAUGCAAACACAAAUACUGCGCCAUUUUUACCAAGGUUUGCGGAGGUUUACAAUUAUUAUUCAGCCGUCUUCAACUCACUUGAUGCAACCCUUCCAAGGGAGAGCGCCGAUAGGAUAAAUGUGGAGAAGCAGUGCCUUGCGCGUGAGAUUGUGAACAUUGUGGCGUGCGAAGGCACUGAUCGUAUAGAGAGAUAUGAAGCUGCUGGAAAGUGGAGGGCGAGGAUGACGAUGGCGGGCUUUGUUUCAUGCCCAUUCAGUUCAAAUACUAGUGGAGCUAUAAGAGCACUAGGAAAGUCGUACUACGACUAUUUUGCGGUUAAGGAGGAGAACGGCGCGCUUUACUUCGGUUGGGAGGACAAGAUUCUGGUCAUGGCUUCAGCAUGGAAAUGAACCGGUAGAGUUGUCUCUAGUGUUGUGUAAAUGUGGAUUGAAAUUCUAAAUUUAAGUUGUACCUAAUUACUAACCCAAAUUUGACUUGGGUGUCCUGUUGAUUAAGAUCCUGAGUUUAUUGUACUAAUCAUAAUAAUAUCUUGUUGUAUAAGUUAAUGCUUAGGUAAUUCCGCGACGAAAUCGUGUUGAUCUAGUCUUCUUGAAA